UGGUGGCGUUAUUAGUUAGCUGACAGGAAAGCGGAACUAGCUAACUAGCAAGCAAGCUAGCAGUACAUUAGCUAGAGUAACGAGUUGUCCCAGGACCCUACCCUGUUUACGAUACUUGAGCAACUUUUCAGACAAUGCCGCAAAAUAUCGAGCUCGGUGCCAAGGGAGGAGCCUCCAAACAGGACAGCAGCAACAUGGACGACAUGACUGUUGAACAGAUGACCGUGAGGGCCAACCAAGUGACUGAUGAGUCACUGGAAAGCACACGGAGGAUGCUGCAGAUGGCAGAGGAGAGCAAACAGACCGGCGUCAACACCAUGGUGAUGUUGGACCAGCAAGGAGAGCAGCUGAGGCGUGUGGAGGAGGGCAUGGACCAGAUCAACCAGGACAUGAGGCAGGCUGAGAAAAACCUCACCGAUCUCUCCAAGUGUUGCGGCCUCUGUGUCUGCCCCUGUGACAGGGUGACAUCCAUUGAGAAUGACUCACGAUACAAACGUACUUGGGGAAUUGGAGGAGGAGAUGGCGAGAGUGACGCCAAUGGGUCGAAAGUGGUCUCAAGGCAGCCCUCAGGUGUUCGCAACGGGCAGGCUGCUCAGACGAACGCCCCGGCUCCUUCAGGCCCAUACAUCAAGAGGAUAACCAACGAUGCACGCGAGGAUGAGAUGGAGGACAAUCUGCAGGCAGUUGGCGGGAUUAUUGGCAACCUGAAAACUAUGGCUUUGGACAUGGGCAACGAGAUAGACCAGCAGAACAAACAGAUUGACCGCAUCACUGACAAGGCGGAAAUGAACCGCACUCGCAUUGAUGAAGCGAACCAGAGAGCCAACAAGCUCAUCAAAUAGACAAGGACCCAUGCCUCUGCCAGUUUUGUCUAUCAACCUCGAGCCUCUGUCGCCACACAACAUACACACACUGCAUACUUGUGCUUAUGCGCAAACACAUACCCUUUGACAACAUUAAAAAAAAAAAAAAUCCACUCUGGGAGAAUGUUUUUGCCAGCAGUGUGCCUGUCUUUACUGCACUAAGAUGUAAAUAGAAUACACAAACAUUUACACAUUUUAUAAAUUGGCCACCACCAACAUGCCCUUAAACAUAUGAAUUCAUAGCCAUGCUGGCUUUGGAGAAGCAGCGUGGACAUCAAAGAGUAAGUGACUGACUGCCUAUCACUGCUGUUUGAUACCAAAUAUGCACCAGGCCUGUUGUAUAUAUUGCAGCACACACGUGAAGGGAAGUAGCACAGGUCAGCUGCUUUUCUUUCGCAUUCUUUCCGUUCGCCUUUCUCUCAAAGUGAGGAAUUCUGAAUUGUUUCUGUCAGUUUGUGCCUCUCUGGUAUGUUUGGAUGAGGUCACUGAUCCAUGGUCAGUAGCUGUCUUUUAGUGAUAUACACCACACCAUUAAUUUAUGUAUCAUUCUCCUGCCGGUCUUGUCUUCAUAGAGCUGCAUUUAGUUUAAUCAUAAAACAUAGUCCUUAAUCUAAAACAAAUGCAUCUGUCUCAAAUCCUCAUUGGUUCAGUGUGUAAUUAAGUUUAUUGUAUCGUAUUAUUUUGAGAUGACGUGCUUAUUUAAUUAUACUUUAUCAAGCAGAAAUGACUUGUGAAUAAAGUUGUCUUUUUUUUUUUUUUAACACUUUGUUCCCAUGUCAUUUAUGCCUUUUCAGAUGAAAAAGCUAUUUCAAAAAGUAUCAAAUGUUGUGCUUUCAAGCGAGUCAUGGUAAGUCCUUUCAUGCUGGAAUUCAAAGCACCUAGCCCUGAAUGAGAGCAAUUUAAUGCUUUUUUUUUUUCUCUGACUGAUGGGAAGUCAAAGUUAUUGUAUGUUUGUAAGAAUAUUGUAAGACGCUGACCUGGUGUUGGAAAUGUAACGUAUAACAAUCACUUUUACUUCAAAUGUGAAGGAGGGUGAGUAAGCAUCAUGAGGAAUGUUCAUCAUUGCCUCCGUGAAAGCAUCUAGGUCACUUUAGAACAACACUGAAUAUGGGGAAACUUAACAGUGGUUGAAUAACAGUAGACUUGUCAUCAGAGUGGCCAGUAACUGCUGUACUUCAUAUUUAGUGUCACUUGAGGUUUUCCUCUCGGACCGCAGUGUUGAUGUUAAUACUGAAACAUACUGUAGCUGUUUAUUAAUUGCCUAUAGUCAUUCUGUUAAUCUAAUUUCAUUCUUCUUUCUUCGUUACCUCCUGCUUAAUAGAGAUUUAUAGCACUCAAGAUGAGAUUUAACAGCCUGUGCAGGGUUCCCACACAACCCUGGGACUAUGUGGAAAAUUCAUUUCCUCUAGUUUAGUAAUUGUCUGCAAAAGUAUGAGAACAAAUACUCGGUUUUGAAACAUGUGGCUGUGAAUUGUUAAAUCCACUAUCAUUUCUCAUAUUAGCUCUGUUGGUCAUUGCUGUCGCUUUGACAUGUGCAGCAGUUUUAUUAUAAUGAAAAGGACCUAGAAUUUUAAAAAUGAAAGAAGCGAGUCUUGAAAAUACUGGCAUUUAGAAAUGAGAAAAUUUAGCAGGAACCCAAUCCAUUCACUGGACAUGGUCCACGGUUGUGUUGUAACAGCCACUGUAUCACCAACAGCUCUUCUUGCACCUGUUCCGUAAAUAGCCGGUUUUCAGAGCAGAGCUACAGUAAAAUGAUAAUAUCUGAUGAUGGAAAGCACAAUUUGUUUUGUCAAAGCAGUAGCCAGGCUGAGAAACUACUGCUGGCAGCAAGUUGCAAAAAUAUACAUGUAAAUGAAUGCUCUUUAAGGGGUAAAUGUAGAAGCAGAAUAAGUCCUGGCAGGCACUGUUAAGGUCUUGCUGUGGAAAACUGGCUAAUGAUAAAGUAAUACAGUAUGCUGAAAAUAUCUCUCGUAUGCAUCUUCUGGCUUAUUUGUUUUGAAGAAAAAUGAUCAUUUGUAUGCUCGGCUGCGGGCAUACACCUAUUGAGUUUGUAAAGAUUGAAAUGAGCUGUUAUUCAGGGAGUUGUAUUGCUGUAAGUGAUCAUCCUCAUCCUGAUGCUUGUCAGCUGAGAUCUAAUUAGUCUAGCCUGAGGCUGCCUUGCUGUCUUCAGGCUGUUUAUCCAUUGUUUUACCAGCAGCCACUGGAAUGUAAAUACAACAGUUUUGUCUAUUUUCAGUAUAUCCAUAUGCAGCUCGUCUUAUCUGAAAUUAGCUCUGUGAACAGAUGACUGUUCAACAAAGUAAAAAUGCCUUUUGUUUUCACGCCUGCCUCUGUUAAAUUGUUUGUACUCAAUAAAUCUAUUUUCAAAUGCA